AGCAGAUACGAAAUAACUAUCCACACUAUUCAUCGAUACGCAAAGAAAGUACUUGCCUAAUAAAACAAAAAAAAAAUACCUAGUGAAAGUCGCAUUUACUAGAUAUUAUCAAAAAUAUCACAAUUUAAAAUCUAAACAAAAAAAUUGUAAUUUUAAAUAUCAAGAAGCAUAGCAUUGCAGUAUAAAAUUAUAAAGAGUUUCUAGUAUCACGCAGAUAAUCACAGUAAGUAUAAAGUAUUGAAGAAAAAAAUCUAACAAUCCAAUAAUGGAUCAACAGUUCAAAGAUGGACUGGAUUUCGCAACUUUUUUGGAUAACAACGAUCCUAUGGGACAUUUUCGUCGUAGAUUUUAUAUAAAGAAAGGCACCAUUUAUAUGUGCGGGAAUUCUUUAGGACUAGCUUCGAAGGACGCGGAAGAAGCAAUUUUGAAGGCAAUGGAUAGAUGGAAAGAAGAAGGGGUGAAGAUUUGGAACGUGGAUGAUGGCAAGUACUAUUUAUACUCAGCAGAACUAGCAAAACUUAUGGCAGACUUAGUCGGAGUUCACCCAGACGAAAUAGCAAUUACUGAUUCUACAACCGUGACCAUACAUCAAGCGGUCAGCACAUUUUACAAACCAACUAAAGACAGAUACAAAAUACUAGUCGAUGACAUAAAUUUUCCUACCGAUAAAUACGCAAUCGACAGUCAAGUGAGAUUAAAAGGAUACGAGACAAAAGAUGCUGUAAAAAUUGUGAAAUGCAAAGGCAAGUUUAUGAAAGAAGAUGAUAUUAUUGAAGCAAUGACUUCGGAUGUAGCUUUAGUAUUACUACCAACAGUUUACUACAGAUCUGCACAAGUUUUAGACAUGGCGAAAAUUACUAAGGCUGCAAAAUCAAAAGGUAUAAUCAUCGGUUGGGACUUAAGCCAUGCAGUCGGCAGUAUAGAAGUCGAUUUAAAAUAUUUAGAUGUAGAUUUUGCUGUUUGGUGCACUUAUAAAUAUUUAAACGGCGGCCCGGGGGCUACUUCAGGGUUAUACAUAAAUAGAAAACAUUUUAACAAUCUCCCUGGUUUAGCUGGGUGGUUUGGAAAUAAACCAGAAACACAGUUCCAACUGCGCCAAGAUUUCGAUCACCAAAGAAACGCAAGCGGUUGGCAAAUUGGAACUCCACACGUCUUUUCCAUGGCGGGUUUGGAAGGAUCAUUAAAAAUGUUCAAUGAGGCUGGAAUGACAAACCUCAGGAAGAAAUCUUUGCAUAUUACAUCUUAUCUAAUGUACUUAGUUGAAACAAAGUUGGUUAAAUAUGGUUUUACUAUCGGUAAUCCAAGGAAAGAUGAGAAGAGAGGUGGUCAUAUAUGUCUAGAACACGAUGAAGGAUACAGAAUAUCUAUAGCUUUGAAAUCUCGUGGUGUUGUCCCAGAUUUUAGAGAUCCCAAUGUCAUACGUGUGACCCCUACCGCUUUGUACACGAGUUAUGAGGAAGUAUAUAAAAUGGUAAACAUUUUGUUGGACAUUGUUGAAAAUGAGUCUUACAAGAAAAUAAGCCUUAAAAGGAAUUUGGUUGUAUGAUAAUGUUAGAAAAAUAUGUGCAUGCUUAUGUUAAGUCCAAUAAAUUAAAUGAAAGGAGAAUAUAAAAUAAAACAGAGAUAUAGUUCGUUUUCUUUAUAUUUUAUCUUGAAAAUAGGCUUAGUCUAUUAUAAUUCUAGCAGUAAAGCGAAUAAUUUUCUCUCUUUCUAAAUUCAUGUACCAUUUGCAACUAGAAAUUUCAAUUAUUUCUAAAUAAAACUUAUUUUUACUCUAGAUUUCAUCACAUUGCAACUGUACACGAUAUUUUGAUUAAAAAUAGUUAAUGAAUAAAAUAAAAACUCAAAAUGUCAAUUAAUAUAACUUUCACAGUAGGUACCUAUUGCCAAACUUUUCUAGGUUUUGGUACUUACAACUGAUCAAGGCAU